CGCGCGGGGCUUAUCAGGCACACGAGGUGAUGGGCCUCUCGCGCAAGGAGAUGUGCUUGCUGAUGAACAACAUUGGCCAAGACAUCAUCAGCAACAUGAUGGGAUCCCUGGGCACGGAUCAAAGGGACUUCAACUCUUGCCAGCCCAAAGACGCGGACGCAAGCUCGCAAGAGACCCAAGAGUCAUCGCAGUCGUCACCCGCGGAUGCUGUUCUUCAGCUUCAGCCGGAGCAAGCCCCGGGGUUCGAUCUCCUUCGCCGAGCCAGGGCAUGGGUGGACGCCCGGAAACUCCCGGCGGAAGGCGGAGGAAACAAGACCAACCAGGAUUUUCUGAACGUGUUCUUCAAGAAUUGCCACAACGUCUACAAGAAGCGCAUGGCCAAGUGCAAGGACAAGAAGUGCGGCACACUGGACGAUGCCAAUCGUAUCCUGCGCCCAUACCUCCGCAAGAAGAGCGGCUCAGGGAGCACGGGGGCGUCGGCUGCAAGCGGUGCUUCCGCUGCGGCAACCGCGGACACGUGAACAGUUCGCUUUUGAGUUUGCCUUCUGAGGGCAUGCUCUUCGCGUUGGGCACGAGGUUCGUGUGCCUAGGCCCCUCGCUGCCAUGGUCCUAGCUGACCGCACCCGUUUGAUUUUCUAGGUGGCCUCGUGUGGAUUGGAGGGUUCAUAGGUUGUUGAAGGUCGAGCUACCCGUCGAACUCUUCCUCGCGGUGAUUCUGUUUUUACGAGUGCGCUGCAAGCCGGGAGAGGAGGCUAGAUGUACAGUAGCGGUCCGUCGUUUUUGUCUGGCGCUGUCUUGUCGGCUGGAAUUCAGAGGGCGACGAGUCGGUUUUGGGUGCAUGUGCAUACCUCCGCGUGUCAAGUUGUUGUUGUUUACUGUUGUUCGUUUCGCCGGCGUGCGUGUUGUUUGAAAGAUGGCUGUGCUCCUCCACCCUUUCCUUCCCCAACCCGCAAAUCGUGG